ACAAGGGCUUGUAUAAAGUCGCUGGAGAAAUGUUGGCGUAUAUGAUGGUUCAUAAAGGGCCGACACCAGAUUUCUUCCACCCGUUCACCUAUGAAGCUCUAAGUAAGGGACUAAAUUGUGUCAUCCCAAACGUUGAAAAUGUUCAAGAUGAGGAAAUAAGAGAGCAACUACAAAAGAUUGAUGCAUCUACGACUGCAACCGAGUUUUUCGAGGCAGUCGAACCUCUAGAGAACAUAAUACGCGUUUCUGGAAAUGGAUCUCUGGCAGGGAGACACGACAGGAAAGAUCAGCUCCUAUGGGCACUUUGCAGAUUCCUAGUUAUUGAAAAUCUUAAACCUGCAUAUGAUCAAUUUUCGGAAGGCCUCGGAACAUUGGGUCUUUUGUCAGCCCUUAAGAAAGAUAGCCUUACCCUGGAGCCAUUCUUUAUUCACCAGGAUAAGACCCUCACCGCUGAGGAUAUUUUCUCACUCUACCGGCGGACCUUAUCAAGUGAAGACGGCAGCAACAGGAAAAAGAAAGAGGAUGAGACUGUUUCCUGGUGGAGAGACAUGGUGCUAGACAUGGAAGAUGAGGGAACUCUACCAGCGCUUCUAUCAUUCCUGACAGGACUGGACGAAAUACCGCCGCUGGGCUUCGAAUAUGAAGGAUCGAUCUCAUUCCGGCAUUCGGCGGAUCUCUCGCCGAACGACUCCACGCGGGAGUUCCCGCUCAUAAACACAUGUAGUUUAGAACUACGGCUUCCUAUUCUGGACUCGUACGAUAUAUAUGUCCAGAGAUUCAGAUCUGCUAUGACAGUAGUAACUUUCACUUUGUAUUAAUAACAGAAUGCAAAUUUCAUCUUCCUAUCGCUUAUAUCUACCAGGUAAUGGCCAAAGCGACACAUGUAUGUCACUGGUAGUCGACGUCUAUGGAAGUCAAAAGACGGCCUCGGAUUGUUACUUUGUUGAUAUUAUUUUUUUCGUUAACAUGGUAGGCUAAUCUGAAGUUGCAUGUAACUCAUAGUCUGUAUCCGUGUUUGUUUUCAAGUUUUCUUCAUAUUCAAGCAUACUGUAAAUCAAAUUUAAUACACUGUUUUCCUACAAUAGAGCAUAUUGAAAAUAUGUCGAGUGUUAAAAAUUAUCGGUUUGUUUCAGAAAAUUUGUUGCUAUGGCAACAGUUGCAAACGUAAUAACGUAAAUUCACAUAACUUCCUAAAUCUAUAAUGUGAACAUUUUUGGCAGACCUUGAACACUAAAAGUUUGCUUUUAUCUGCUUAACUAUGCAAUUGGUGAAUGUUUGGAAGUUUUCAUUUUUAAAUGUGCAUAAUCAUACGUUUUUAGUUGAGAAAAAUGUUAUUAUUACCAUUUUCAUUCUUUACUGUGUUUAACAUGUUCAAUCUUACACCAUUUCAAUAAUAUAACUAGCAUUUUAUGCCAAUGCAGCAGGAAGUUGCUUCAUGAUUUUUAUUGUUUACCAAAUUUAAUUUUAACGUUUGUUAUGUAGUUUCGUAGAAGUUUGUUAUGUCGAGUGCUUCAGCACUUAGGAACUAUUUCCAACAAGAAGGCAUUUUAUUCUAAAAUGCAUCAUUCUUUUGACAAAGAAGUAUAUAUGUGUAUUCAUCACCUUUAUUUCUAGUUAUAGUUUUUUUAACAAAAUGUUUGAGUUAGUUGUUAUUUGUCACAAUACAUCUUUGCGACACAUAGAGUUGUUUAUCGCUAAACCGACAUUUAUCAAUUACUCGUAUACACAUAAAUACACACAUAUAUAAUAAUAAAGUAAUUGGUAUGUGAUGCACUUGUUGCCUGUUAUAUGUUGCACUCCAAAAGCGGUACUUGAUUCUUGCUUCCAUUCUCAGAGUAGGAAUGUUGAAUGGAAAUGGAAAGGACAUACUUUAAACAAGAGGGCGAAUAUGGCCCAAUAUCGCUCACCUGAGCAGAGUGACCCAGUUUCAACAAAAUAGAUCCAGUGGUUAAGGAGGAAACCUAUGUCAUUUAAGCAGAUAAAUUAUUUAAGCAUCGGCGGCCAUCUUGUUUAGCGGACCUGAACGAUUUGACUGUUUAAAAUACAGAACCUUACAAGGAUCAUUCCUGUUGAGUUUAAUGAAAAUCCAUCAAGCCAAUAAAGAGGAGAUGUCGUUUAAAGCUCAUUUCUAAUUUUACCUUAGCCAUUAUAUUCAAAGAACAAAUGAUAUA